AUGACAUGGUGUGAUUCAAAUGAUAGAGGAUUAAUUCAAUAUGUUAGUGUUUCAAAAGGGUUAUGUGAUUAUACAGAUAAAAAUUGGUGUGGAGUGUUAUUUUCUUAUUUUAAUGAUAGUGAUUGUUUUGAGAUAUAUAAUAGUUGUUGUUCUAAAGAUGAAACUAGAGUUGAUCUUAAUGAAUUUCAUUUAAUUGAUAAUAUUUAUGAUGGUAGAAAUUCUAAGAGAAUUAUUAGAUUUAAUUUUAAAGGAAGUCCAUAUGCAAGAGCAUUUCAUAAUAUUACAAUUGAAGAAUAUCAUCCAAGAAUUAAUUUUGUUAUUAAUACUUAUUAUAUUCUUCCUAAAAGUAUUAUCACUUUAACGGGAAGAGAAAUUACUUAUGAAGAAUAUCCUUAUUUUAUUAUCGCAGAGUCAAGACCAUUUACUAUUAAAACUUCAUUAGAAAAUACAUUAGAAUAUAUUAAUUUAAAUUAUACAUGGGGAUUUUCCCCAGGAGUUUUUAUAGAAGGACGUAUUGCAGUAAAACUAACAAAUGAAACAAUAAGAAAUGAUUGUCAAUAUAGAUAUACAUCAGAUCAAUAUGUUAUUAAUAGAGGAGUUGAUAAUAACAAUUUACAAGUAUUAGAUAUUUGUUAUGUUCAUAAUAGACAUAGAAUGGCUAUUUGUGGAAAGAAUGUACCAAUAACAUAUCAAGAUUGUUCUUGUUCUUAUUCAAAUUUUGAAUAUGAAAAUUCAGCAAUAGAUUGUUCAUUUUUAAGUAAGUAUUUAUCAUUUAAAAUAAAACCAAAUCAAGAGUUUAUUCCUUAUGAAAGAGAAUGGUCAACUUUAAUAACAACUGGUGUUGAUAGUAAAAUUACUAUACCAAAAGAUUCUUCAAUGAUAUUUUUUAAUGAUGCUUAUUUACCAAAUGCAUCAUUAAGUAUUGAUGGUACAUGUAUAUUUAAAGGAAUUAUUCAUAUUGAAAGGAGUGAUGUAUUAUAUAAUUUAGGUCAUUUUCAAGCAACAUUAUUUGAAUACGGUUCUAUUGAAAUUUCUAAAGACCCAGUACUUUUUAUUGGGAAAUGUAAUAGUAAUUUAACCGAAUGUAAUAAAGUACUUUCAAACAGUAAUAUAAAAGAAGUAAAUUGUGGAGGAGUUUUAAAUAGAUAUUUAUAUAGUGGAAGUACAUUAGGAUGUAAAUGUACACAAAAAGAUUCUACAUAUUUUGAACAAUCAGAUUGUUCAUAUUUAACUGAAGGAAGACAAAAUAGAAUGAAAUUAGUAUUAGAAUAUAAUUAUAAUAGUGGAUUAACUAAAAAGUAUUGGAGUAGUAUUUCAGGUAAAAAAUAUGACAAUGGAGAAUUGAUUGAAAGUAUUAUAUUAGAAGGAAGUUCUAUUAUUGUUGAAAAUGAGUGUGAUUUUAGAAAUAUUAAAGUAAUAGAAUUAAAAGGGUCUUUAAGAUGUGGUAUAUUAUAUUUAAGUAAUACUACAAAAAUUAUUGGAUAUGCUGGAAGUUCUUUAAGAACUUAUUCUAUUCAAAUUGAUAAUAUAGUUUCAAAUAUGAAUAAAGAGGCAUUAAUAAUUAUGGGAGAUGGUGAAUUUAUUAGUGAUGGAAGUAUGAAUAAAGUAUUAUCAACUGAUCAAACAGAAUGUUUUGAAUUAGUUAGUUUUAAUAAUGAAGUAUCAAAAUCAUUAGAUGAAUCUACUGAUGGAAAAUAUGUUUCAUUAGUUGUUGGUAAAAUGAUUCGUAUUUGUCCAGAAGGGUAUAAUAAAGAUGAUAGACGUAAAAUUAUUUGUUCAGUAGAAAAUGGAGUAUUUGGUAAUUUUAAAUAUCAUCAAUGUCCAUGCAAAGGAAAUGAGUGUUAUUAUGAUCUUGGUGAAUGGAAAGAGAUUACUAUUAGUUCUGAAAAGGAAUAUGAUAUGAUUGAUGGAAAUGUUAUUAUUACAAAUUCAAAUAUUAUAUUUAAUAAUGUAAGAAGUAUUUCUUCUAUUCAAAGUAAUGUCAUACCAACUAUUCAAUUAAAUGGAAAUAAUGAUAUAAUUUCUAUUAAAAUAAAUACAAAUAAAACAAUGAAUAUUAUAAGUAAUCAAAAUAUUUAUUUAUCUGGAAGUGCAGAGGGUGUUAGUAUUAAAACAACAAAAAACAAUGGAAAUAUUAAUAUUGUUGGAGUAUAUGAUCAAAUAGGAGUUAACAUAAGUUAUACAACAACGAUAACUAUUGAAAAUGGUAAUUCUAUUGCAAGUAUAAAUAAUCAAGGAGGAUUUGAUAUUUCAAAUAAUAGUUUAAUAGGAAAUAAUAAAGUAAGAUAUUCUAUUGAUGGAAGAUGUAGAAUCGGAAGAAUGAUUAAUGAACGAUUUAUUUGUGAUUCAUGUGGAAAAGAUGAAAUAAAAGGAAGUUGUUUAGAAAAUAUAAAUGUUGAUAAUUGUUUAACAUAUGGAAUAACAGGAAGAUGUAUUGAAUGUCAAGAGAAAUAUUAUCUUAGUAAUAAUAUUAAAGAAAAUGAAAUUAAUCAAAAAUGUAUUUAUUGUUUAGAUGGUCAUUGUAAAAGAUGUUCAAAAGAAGAAUGUUAUGAAUGUGAAGAAGGAUAUAAAUUAGAAGAAGGAAUGUGUAAAUAUCAUGAUACAAAUUGUAAAUUUUAUUCAAAUGGAUAUUGUAAAUUAUGUGAAAAUGGAGAAUAUGUUAAUAACAUACAAUAUUGUUCAAAAUGUGAAAUUAAUAACUGUGAAGUAUGUAAAACACAUGAUCCAAAACAAUGUGAGAUAUGUUCAAAUGGUUAUUAUUUAAAUAAGAGUUUAUUAUGUGAAAAAAUAAAUAUAAAUAAUGAAACAGUAAAUUCAGGAGCAAUAAGUUGUUAUGAAGGAUAUUAUAAUGAUAAUGGAAUAUGUAAAGAAUGUAAAAAGAAUAAUGAAUAUGGGAAAGAAUGUUUAGAAUGUACAAAUGAGAAAUGUUAUUCAUGUGAAAAUGAAUACAAAUGA